AUGGAGAAUGCUCGACCUAUCGAGGAACAAUUACAAGUCGCCCCAUCAGAAUUGGAAAUUAUAAGGCAAGAUUUCGAGAAGAAGAGUUCAGAGCUCGAGAAGAAGAUCGAACAGUUAGAGGAAGAGAAGAUGCAUCUAAGGUUAGACGCUGAUGUUCAGAGGUCAGAGGCUGAGAAAUGGAGAAAAGGAAAAACUAAGGCCGAAGAAGACCUAAACAGCUUGAAGACAGACUAUAAGAAGCUGCGCCUAUCUAUGAGGAUUGCGGGUUUAGGUAAGACUUCCGAACAAUGGCGCCACGAAAUUCGAGAAGAAAAAACCAAUACCGAUCGGUGGGAAAGAAAAUUUCGAGAAGCUCAAUCACGAAAUGAAGAUUUAGAGAAGAGUCUAUCGGUAAGCAGAAAUGAGCGAGGGGAAUUAAGUGCUAGAGUGGCAGAACUCGAGAAGUCUCUGCAUCAGUACCGAAACCGCAACACCGCAAUAGAGUUAAGGGCAAGCUUGAGCAAGACAGAAGAAAUGAAAGGAAGAAUAGGAGAGUUAGAGGCAUCACUGCAGAACUGUGAGAUGCGGAUCCAGUUUUUCGAGGCAAACGAGGAUCGUUGGAAAGAGCAGCUUCACCAUGCGCAAGACCAAUCUCAGAUGGAAGAGCAGCUAGCCAAGAUUCAACGAGAGAUGAAGGAGCAAAUGAUGGAGUCCCAGAGAGAAAUGAUGUCCCAGUUAUCCAAAUUGCUGUUGGGAGGAAUAGAUAAAGGAAAGGGCCCCAUGGACCAAGUUGAGGAAACGAAUGAAGAUCUCCAAUACCCCCUGGCUUUACUCCGACGCAUGUACCGAUGA